GUGGAGGGAAGGGCUUCAGACCGGAAGUGGCUGUGGGCCGGAAGCCGGAAGAAGGAGAGGGAGAAGAAGAGCAGAAGGGGGCGGGUUGUCGGCGGAGAGAGGACGGAGGAGCUCUUGAAAGAGUGAGUGCCAUGGUCUGGUGUUGGCUCUUGAGUGCAUAGGGUUGUUUUUUUUUUAACAUGGAAGAAGGAGGUGGAAAAGAAGAAGUCAUUGACCUGAAUAGUUUCCGGAGCCACCGAGGGAAAGAUAGGAUAAACCACAGAGACGAGGGGCUUAUCACCAUUUCGGACUCUUCGGAUGAAGACUUGCCUGUGAUGCUGGACGUUCCUGUUCACCGACAGUGGGAGGACGAGGAGGAUGAUGACGUCGUCAUCUUGAUGGAGACGGCUUCAAAGAAGCUUCUGCGCCCCAACGUGAUCCGGCCGGCUGCUCCCUGGCAGAGUGCAAACAAGUUGGGAGAAGGUGGAUCCAAAAGCGACAUGACGGCAGGAUCCCACGACAAGCAAAAGAUGAGGAGCCCUCCUUCUCCCCGGCGGCACGGACCCCGCCGGAACUGCGUGAAGCCAAGCAGCGUGACGUUGGGCAGGCAAGAAAGCCAGGACGAGGUCUUGGAGCUGCUGGAGCCUCCGGAGCCCGCGGGGCCACGGGUAGCAGAGCCCGGUCCCAGCGUGGCUCGGACGCGGGAGGCAACGAGGCCCGGCGACAAAAAGGAGAUCAUUAACGUGGAAGAAGUGGUCUUGAUCGCGGAUCAGGAGGGGCCGGACCAGCAAGAGCCGCAGCCGAGGCUCGUCCCAAACCUUGGGGGUGCCGCUCGUUGCAUCCAGGAGAACACGAGACUCGACCAUCCUUACUUCCAGCCGGCCGAGAAGGAGGCACAUGCCGUGGUCAACCUCCUUUCUCCUCGGCACGUGCCGUUGGAACUUGAGCUGGGAGGGCCCUUGCCGAGGGUCUACCAAGAGGAGAUCCCCGGGCCUGCCUUCCCCAGGCCGGAACCGCAGCAAGACGGGAUCCCGGGCCGCACGUCCCCUCAGCUGGCCCACCCGCCCGAGGAAAAGGAAGGGCAGCCGGCAGCAAUAAACGAACAGGCGGGCCCGGCUUUUCCCGUCCAGGGGUCGCUGGAUUCCGGCACCAGCGAAAUCCCAAAGCAAAGCGCUGCCGUUCAGCUGGACAAAGACCUCAAGGCUCUUCUUGUCAGAGAAACGGAAGCGAGGUUUCCGGAUGCAACGAAAGAGUACAUUGAGGAGCUCAUACAGAACAAAAACUGCUGUGACUUAAACAUACUUUGUAAUUUUCUGUUGGAAAACCCAGAUUAUCCAAAGAAGGAAGGUAGAGUGAUGUUGAAUCCAAAUAGCAGCCUGCUCUCCAGCCAAGACGAGACAAAGGUGCCAAAAGUGGACUACUUUGAUUUCUCCAAGCUUGAUCUGCUCGAUCAGCGUUGCUUCAUCCAAGCGGCGGACCUUCUCAUGGCGGACUUCAAAAUGCUGAGCAGUCAGGAUAUCAAGUGGGCUCUGCACGAACUCAAGGGACACUAUGCAAUCACAAGAAAGGCCUUUUCUGAUGCCAUCAAAAAAUGGCAGGAGCUGUCACCUGAAACCAGUGGCAAGCGGAAGCGGAGGAAAGAAAUGAACCAGUAUUCCUUCAUAGACUUCAAAUUUGAGCAAGGCGAUAUGAAAAUCGAGAAGCGCAUGUUCUUCUUGGAGAACAAGAGGCGGCACUUCAGGAGCUACGACGCCCUCGCUCUCCUCCCGGCCGUGCAGAUGGAACGGGAGUUUUAUGAGCAGAAAAUAAAAGAAAUGGCAGAGCAUGCAGAUUUUCUCCUCGCUCUGCAGAUGAAUGAAGAACAGUAUCAAAAAGAUGGCCAGAUGAUCGAGUGCCGCUGUUGCUAUGGGGAGUUUGCAUUUGAGAAGCUGACGCAGUGUGCCGACGGACACUUGUUUUGCAAGGAGUGCCUGAUAAAGUAUGCUCAGGAGGCGGUCUUUGGCUCGGGAAAGUCAGAGCUCAGCUGCAUGGAAGGCAGCUGUACGUGUUCGUUUCCAACCAGCGAACUGGAAAAAGUGCUUCCGGAAAACAUACUGUGCAAAUACUACGAGCGGAAAGCCGAAGAGGAGGUGGCGGCGGCCUGUGCGGACGAGUUAGUCAGGUGUCCCUUCUGCAACUUCCCGGCGCUCUUGGACAAGGACGUGAAGCGAUUCAGCUGUCCGAAUCCUCGUUGCAGGAAGGAAACCUGCAGAAAGUGCCAAGGCCUGUGGAAAGAGCACAUGAACCUUACCUGUGAACAGCUGGCUGAGAAGGAUGACAUUAAAUACAGAACAUCCAUAGAGGAGAAGAUGACAGCGGCCCGUAUUCGGAAAUGCCACAAGUGCGCCACCGGCUUGAUCAAAUCGGAAGGCUGCAACCGCAUGUCGUGCCGCUGUGGCGCCCAGAUGUGCUACCUCUGCCGAGCCGCCAUUAACGGGUACGACCACUUUUGCCAGCACCCCCGCUCCCCGGGAGCCCCCUGCCAGGACUGCGCCAAGUGUUCCCUCUGGACGGACCCAACGGAGGAUGAUGAGAAGAUAAUCCAGGAGAUUCAGAAAGAAGCCGAAGAGGAACAAAAGAGGAAAAAUGGAGAGAACAGUUUCAAGCGGAUCGGCCCCCCCGCGGAGAAGCCUUCGGAGAAAAUCCCGCGGAUCGACGGCAUCCCCCGGCCGGUCCCGCAGAACCUGCACCACCAGAUGCCCCCGUACCCCUUUGUGCACCCGCCCUUCCCCUUGCCCCCCGUCCGCCCGCUGUACAACAACCUGGGCCCCAUAAACCUGGGCCCCAUCCCGGCCCCGUACGUGCCCCCGCUGCCCAACAUGCGCGUGAACUAUGACUUCCCGCAGAUGAACCUGCCGCUGGAGCACAACCUUCCUAUGCACUUUGGUCCACAGCCUCGGCACCGGUUCUGACCCGGAGGCUUCGGGGACGUCACUGCAGGGAAAGUCCACACACUGGCGGGCACUGCCGCCCCUCCCGGUCCCUCCCGGAAACCCACAAGCCAAGAAAUCCCGUGUUUGCCCAUCCUCACGUCCACCCAUUCCUUCACGAAACCAUGCUCUGCCAUGUGCAGAUGUUCAGCGGCUGUGAGAGCAAUUACUUCAAGGGGGUUCUGAAGAAGAAGAAGAAGAAGAAGAUGGGCAUGGCAGCGCAUGUGCCAAAACCAUAACUUGCCUACCUGCCAAAAUGUCAUUGUUUGCCAGAGGCUGUUGACCAAUUAGAUCCUGAACCGGAAUCUGUUUGCGUGGCCGCUAUCACAGGUCAAACCACCAAUGCCUUGAGAGCAGAGCAGAAGUUGGCUCUUUUCGAAACAUUUGAAAUGCCAAGACCGCAAACUCCGAGCCAGAGGCCUUCCUAGCAUAGUGACCCCUUGCGGGUCCCAUAACAAAUCUUACUAAUCCUGAGAAGUCAGACUUGUGGAUUUGCUUUCCACGGCUGUUUCAAAAGAGGUGUGACUUCCAUGGUGUGUGUGUGGGAACCUUGUGUCCUGAAGGCUUGGGUCGAGGCAGGACCUCCAGCUCCUAAUCUUCGUGUACGUCCUUUACGGGAAUUGCUACCAAGUUGGGUUGCAGAUGAAAGCUUUGUGGGCACAACUCUGGUUCCAAGACUCCUGUCAUUCUGGGUUUGCCACAGCUUUGGAGAUUUGGCUCCGUGUGUUGUCGAAGGCUUUCAUGGCCGGGAUCACUGGGUUGUUGUACGUUUUCCUGUCUUGACUGGCUGUGUUCCAGAAGCAUUCUCUCCUGACGUUUCACCCACAUCUAUGGCAGGCAUCCUCAGAGGUUGUGAGGUAUGGAGAAACAUCAGGAGAGAAUACUUCUGGAACAUGGCCAGACAGCCCGGGAAACAUACAACAAUCCUCUGACUCCGUGACUUGUGUGUCUGUGAACUAAAGCAAUCUUUGGUUCACUUUGUGUACAUUAUCUUUCAAAAAAAGGCUCAUCAACCUAUAUUUUCCACAGUAACGUUAUGGAAUGAUUUUGACCCUCUUUGUGGUUGCUGUCAGAGCAUUUCGACUUCAAAAAACAUCCACGUCUCCAUCUCUCCAGUUACAAAUUAAAUCCAUUGGGAUUCAGUCCCUACUUUAGUUCAUAAUAUGCAAAAAUAUUCUUGCCAUUUCAUAUGUUGGGUUUGGUUUCUUUUUAGAAUCCAUAUAGUUCCUUUUUAGGGUUUUUUUUUGGGAGGGAUUUGAAUUCAAGCCAGUUAGGCCUGGGAUUAAACACAGUUCAAAAUCCAGGCAAAUUUCCAGUAACCGUUCUGGUGAUAGCCUUUCUUUUGGUUUCUGGAAAACAAAUAACCUCUCCGGCCCCCAUUCCCCUUGAAUAUCCUAACUUCAGUCCUUUUACGGCUCAGUUGCCAUAAAAAUACUUGCUUUUUACCCCCUUUUAAAGCCGAUCUCUGGUAUUUUGUACGAAGCCCACCACCUUCUUCUCUGGAGCCACGAUCUGUGAAUGAUAAUGGAAUGAGUUCAGGGCAGAAUAUUCCUAUUCUGAGACUGUGGAACAUUUGAGGGAUGGCAAUAAUGGUUUGUGUCCUUGUUAAUCCUUCUUGAAGUUGGCUCUUGACUUAAACAUUUGGAUGCUUCUCCUGUUUGGUUUCGUCCCUGGUUAAAGAAUUGUUUGUUAAUUACGCUGCUGGUCAGUAAUUAUUAUUUUUCAAGGAACCAGCUGCUCCUUGGUUGAUGCUUCAACAUUUGUCCCGGCAAAGAUUGGGAUUCCUGUUGGCAAAUUGUGUGUUUGGUUGCUGCCGUAAUCUAAUAUAGUUUGGAUUUUUUUUAUUGUUACGGCGACUGUUUGCUCAUAAAAUAAUUAUUUCCCUGCAUCACGGUAAUUGACUUGAGAGAAACUGGCGGUUAGGGGAGAAUCACGUUGCUUCAUUCAUAAAUUUGAGAUGCCACCCCUUAUGAGUUCGAUGUUGGUUGUUGCUCAUGCGCCCCGUUCUUCUACCUGGUCUAGCAAUUUUCCUGAUUUUGCAGAGAUCUUGGAGUGUGGAAAAGGACCCAAAGUGUAUCCCUAAGGCUACCCAACUCCAUCGCAACCCAUAUCAAGGAAAAUCUCUUGUUACUGUGCAACAUCAGUAUUUCCCACCGUGUGGAGAUGCCAUAUCUGUAUUUUGAAGCCUGUGUACAAAUUGGCCUGAGUUUCCAUGCAAACAAAAAAUACAGGACCAAGGCUUAAUAUAUCAAUGAAGGAAAACUCAGUGUGAACAAUGUGCUGGUGUUUUUCAGCAGAUGGUCGUCACAUCUACCAUAGGUUCCCAUCUCCAUAAGGCAAAAGUGAUUUCUACAAAGAUGAUGGCCCUCAUGCACUGUCUUUGAGAUCGAUCAAAGUUCUGUUUACCUGUAUGGCAUCUAUCCGGUAUUCUAUUUACCUGUAUGGCAUCUACCUGAUGUUAGAUUUACUUGUAUGGCAUCCAUCCGGUAUUCUAUUUACCUGGAUGACAUCUAUCUGGUAUUCUAUUUACCUGUAUGGCAUCUACCUGACAUUAGAUUUACCUGUAUGGCAUCCAUCCGGUAUUCUAUUUACCUGGAUGACAUCUAUCCGGUAUUCUAUUUACCUGUAUGGCAUCUAUCCGGUAUUCUAUUUACCUUGGCAUCUACCUGACAUUAGAUUUACCUGUAUGGCAUCUAUCUGGUAUUCUAUUUACCUGUAUGGCAUCUACCUGACAUUAGAUUUACCUGUAUGGCAUCCAUCCGGUAUUCUAUUUACCUGGAUGACAUCUAUCCGGUAUUCUAUUUACCUGUAUGGCAUCUAUCCGGUAUUCUGUUUACCUGGAUGACGUCUAUCCGGUAUUCUAUUUACCUGUAUGGCAUCUAUCCGGUAUUCUAUUUACCUUGGCAUCUACCUGACAUUAGAUUUACCUGUAUGGCAUCUAUCUGGUAUUCUAUUUACCUGUAUGGCAUCUAUCCGGUAUUCUAUUUACCUGGAUGACGUCUAUCCGGUAUACUUUUUACCUGUAUGGCAUCUACCUGAUGUUAGUUAGCUGUAUGGCAUCUAUCCGGUAUUCUAUUUACCUGGAUGACAUCUACCUGACGUUAGAGUUACCUGGAUGGCAUCUAUCCGGUAUUCUAUUUACCUGGAUGACAUCUACCUGACGUUAGAGUUACCUGUAUGGCGUCUACCUGAUAUUAGAUUUACCUGGAAUGGGACAUGUCAGAUGAGCAACUUGAAUGUGAAAGGGCCGAUUUCAUUUCCACGCCUGCUUUUUAUGAAUAGAUUGCCAUUGCAUUUUAAACAGUGUGUGCCUUUGGGGAUUGCAAGGAACACCCGCGCUUUGCAUUUUUGUUUCCUUUCCCAAUAAAAAUGGCAAAACGAGAUUGAUCAAAGCUGUCCAGGUGUGCAAACACACCUGGGCUCUUUCUCCUUCUCAGGAAGCAUUUCCCAUCCCACCCGUCUUCCACGGCUAGCCCCGUUUCCGUGGGCCGCCGUUGUGGAAAUCUUCCAAUGAGUACGGCAUGAAUUCAUGACGCUCGGACACCUUGGUGUCACCACAUCUCUCAUCUGAUCCGUUCUUCAAUUGGUGCUAACUCUGUUGCUCUUGCUUUUGACUCUUACUCUCCAUUCUUGGCCGUUGUUUGCUAGAUAGAAAUCGGGAGAAUCCGCUGUUCUUUAAAUCUCCGAAUACAUUAGACUCUCCAUGUUCUUCUGCCACCUUUUUAGAUGCGAAAUAUGUACCUACAUCUAGAGUUGGGAUUUCAUUUUUCACUAAAGUCUUGCGUCUCCUUGGACUCAUUUUCUGCAUUACAAUGGUGGAUGGGUUGUUGUUGGUUUUUUAAGCAUUGAAGCUGUAGUUUUAAUUUAGUUUGGCGUCUGUGGCUGAAACAAUCCAUCUCGUCUAGUUGGUCCAAUCGGUGGUUUUGAGACUUUUGAGAUUGUAGGCUUCUUCCAGUUUUGCUACAGAACCGGGAUAACUUUGGGAUAAGCAUUUUUAAUUUAGUUUGGCGUCUGUGGCGGAAACAAUCCAUCUCGUCUAGUUGGUCCGAUCGGUGGUUUUGAGACUUUUGAGAUUGUAGGCUUCUUCCAAUUUUGCUACAGAACUGGGGUAACUUUUCCUCCCUUGGGUUCCUUUUUUUGUGUGUUUUUAUCCGCGACGUCCUUUUGCGUUUCAGUCCAUCUCUCUCUCUUUACGGGUAGACAAGGGGAGGCGUGUGUGUUUUUUGCGUACACCCCGAGCUUGGCGUUUUAAACAGGUACUUUCUAUUAUGCCGUGUCUCAUUUAACUUGCCUUAAAAGGUGGAGAGAGAGAAAGAAAAAGAAAAAAUAAUAAUCUAGCAUUUGCACUUAGCAAAAUGAAAGAAAAAAAAGGGAAAAAAAUAUUAAUUGAAAAGAAAACAAAAAGCAAACCCUACCAGGGGGAGAGGUGUGCAUGUGUCCUGCAACUUUGUAUUAAAAUAGUUGACAAUGAAUACUUUGGUUUAUUGGGAAAAAAAAAAGAGAGAAAAUUGGGGAAAGGGGGGGAGGAAUAUUUUUUUCUUUACCGCCUGGUUGGUAGGAAAUUGUUCUAAUAUUCUCUGUGUACAAAGCCUCUGUAUUAUAUUGUAAUUUGAAUUUUUUUGUAAUUAAAAAAAACAGCAUUGUGCACCUUGGGGA